CACCGUCAUUAAAAAAAAAGAAAGUAGCACGUAUCCGAUCGAGAAUCUCAAGAAAACCACAACAGUCUCUCUCUCUCUCUCUCUCUCUCUCCUUCCCCACCAAGUCAUUCUGCCCUCUCCUCGUCCCCCGCCCACACUCCUCACCCCACCCCAAAAAAAUGGCGCUUGAGUGGGUUGUCCUCGGCUACGCGGCGGGCGCAGAAGCAAUCAUGCUCCUCCUCCUCACCCUCCCGGGCCUGGACCCGCUCCGCAAGGGCCUGAUCACCGUCACCCGGUCCCUCCUCAAGCCCCUCCUCUCCAUCGUCCCCUUCUGCCUCUUCCUCCUCAUGGACAUCUACUGGAAGUACGAGACCCGCCCCUCCUGCGAGUCCGACAACUGCAGCCCCUCCGAAUACCUCCGCCACCAGAAGUCCAUCAUGAAGAGCCAGCGCAACGCCCUCCUCAUCGCCGCCGCCCUUGUCUUCUACUGGCUCCUCUACUCCGUCACCGGCCUCGUCGUUCGCCUCGAUCUCCUGAACAAGCGGCUCGAGAAGCUCAAGGCUCGCGAUUGAAUCGAAUCUUGUUUCCUGGUUUGUCGGUUUCUCGAUCUGAGAUAAGCGCUUUUGUUACUACUUCGAUCUACUCUUGUGUUUCGAUGUGUUGGAUUUAGGUUUUGAUUCGUGCUUGUUUUACGUAUAGACCGUUUAUUGAUGCAGCGGAUGGAUAUCUAGGGUUUGUUGGUUAAUCCUCGAAUGCUUACGGAUAUUUUCUCUUGCUUUUAGAUCAGAAGUCUUGAAUUUCGUUGUUAGACGAGUUUUUACUUGUGAAAUUCUGGACGAGUCGAUUAUUGUUAUCAAUUGAGAUCAGAGUUUUCACUUU